AUGGCGAGCAGCGACAGCAACCACGCCGCCGACAGCUUCCUCGGCUCCGACGGGGACGAGGAGGCCACUCGGGAGCUGGAGAGCGAGGAGGAGUCCGAGGGCGAGGAGGACGAAACGGAGUCGGAGGAGGAGCCGGACGCCAGGUUAUCAGACCAAGAUGAAGAAGGCAAGACCAACCAGAAGUGUAUUAUAUCUGACCCCUCCUUUUCCAUGGUGACAGUUCAACGGGAAGAUAGUGGAAUAACAUGGGAAACAAAUUCGAGUAGUUCUUCCACUCCUUGGGCUUCGGAAGAAAGUCAGACGUCUGGUAUAGGUAGUCCGGAAGGGUCAGCUAUAAACUCUACUGCAGGGAAUGUUUCCUUUAUUGUGGAUGAAGUUAAAAAGGGCCGGAAAAGAAAAUCUAAGUCAAAGCAUGGCUCACCAUCCUUGCGUCGGAAAGGCAACAAAAAAAGAAAUUCUUUUGAAACCCAAGAUGUUUCAGCAAACAAAAAAGAUAAUCCUUUAAUUUCGGAAAGCCAGGUACUAAAUACCCAGAAUGAGAAGUUAUCUAUUGGCAGUUAUGAUAAAAUGAGAAAAAAGAAAACUACCUCCAAUACACCUCCUAUUACUGGAGCAAUAUACAAAGAACAUAAGCCAUUAGUGUUACGGCCAGUCUAUAUCGGAACAGUACAAUAUAAAAUUAAGAUGUUUAAUUCAGUUAAAGAAGAAUUAAUCCCCCUACAAUUUUAUGGGACAUUGCCAAAGGGUUAUGUAAUUAAAGAAAUACAUUAUAGGAAGGGGAAAGAUGCAUCCCUUAGUCUAGAGCCAGAUAUGGCCAAUCGUGAUUCUAAUAUAGUUUCUAAAACAGGCAAAUUAGUAGGCCAAAGUGUAGAAGAUGAUAAAGGAAAAGAGCUUACUUCACCCUGGAGAAGUGCACUCUCCAAAGGAUCGAAGUCCCAUCCCUCCUUAUUCAGUCGAGAAGACCAAAAGAAAAUUGACCCAGAUUCUCCUCUGAAGGCUGCUUCUGCCACCAAGCACACAGUUUCCUCUUACAGAAGUGAUGACACAGCAAAGGAAACACGGCGCAGCCCUCCGCAGUCAGUGCCACAGCAGCCAGGUGUUGAAGCAAAACCCUAUGAAAUGGAGCCUUCCUCUCUUAUGCCUGAUACAUCUGCCACAACAAAGGAAGAAUUCGAGCCUGAUUCACAAGAAAUUGUACCUUCAGAGCCUGAAUCUUUAGUCUCACCACCUUUCAUGGAUGAAGUAAAGAAGGAAGAUGUGUAUUCUACUGAUCAUUCCAUUUCACAGGAGGCAGAGGAGGAUUCUCUGGAAACAGGUUCAUCAGGUCUGGCAGCAUCGAUCCAGGAAGACAUUGGCCCAGAGAGAGAAGAAUUAGAUCUGACUUCACUAGAAAGGGCAGAACCGGGUUCUGAACAACUGACCCCUCCUCAGCUCGAUGCCAAAGGAGAGAAAGAAGAAAUCGUGCCUGAGCCACCCAUUUCUCUUUCUGAACCCUUGGUGUCAGAAAAAGAAGAAAUAGAGACUUCUGUACCAAGAGCUGCUACCCCUGAACCUGAAGAUUCUCAUUUAGAGGAAGAAGAGAUCAUAGAACUUGAUUAUCCAGAAAGUCCAUCUGUUUCUGAAAAGCCCUUCCCAGUCCACGAGGCCCCUGACGUGGAGCAGAAAGAAGAGGAGCCCAUUCUGCCAUCGCUGACAGCAUCAACACCUGAACAUGUUGCUUUGUCUGAGGGAGAAAUAGAAGAAAACGAGUCUGUUUCUACUGAUUCUGCUUUCGUAUCAGAGUACUCAGUCCCACAGGAUAUGAACCAUGAACUAGAAAAGCAAGAAGUUGAGCCAGUUUCUCAAUCCAUGGUAAAAGCUACAUCUGAACAUGCGGUUUUGUCAGAGGAGGAGAAUGAGGAAUUUGAGCCUUCUUCGGCCUCUGCAUCUGAACACUCUCUCUCACCAUCUAUAAUGGAGAAGACUUCCGAAUACCAAUCCGAGGCCGCAGGAAGUGGGCAUUACACACCAGAUUCCAUAUCUGCUUCUGACUAUUCAAUUCCAUCACAGGCAACAAAAGAGUCACUGAAGAACAUUGACCAUAAGUCCUCAUUAAAGUCAAAAGGUGUUUCUGAGCACGUGGUUUUGUCAGAGGAAGAGAAGGAAGACACUGGGCUGUAUUCCCCAGAUGUGGCCUCUGUGGAUGAACACUCUCUCCCCCCAGGCACAGCUGAGAAGACUUCUGAAUACCAAGCCCCACCACUUUCAGCCACUCCUUCUGAACCUAUGGUCCUAUCAGAAGAGGAGCUAGGAAGUGAGCGUUUCACACCAGAUUCAACAUUGAAUUCCCAAUAUAUAGUUCCACCAAAUGUCACUCAGGAAAUUCCAAAGAAAAUAACUGAUGAUGCAUCGCUCUUAAUAUCAAAAGAUGUUUCUGAGCACAUGAUUGUGUCAGAAGAAGAGAAGGAAGACACUGGGCUGUAUUCCCCAGAUGUGGCCUCCGUGGCUGAACACUCUCUCCCCCCAAGCACAGCUGAGAAGACUUCUGAAUACCAAGCCCCACCACUUUCAGCCACCCCAUUUGAACACAUGAUUCCAUCAGAAGAGGAGACAGUAGAAAUGGAGCGAUAUACACCCUCUUCCACAGCUGCUUCUGAGUUUUCAGUACCACCACAUGCAACACCUGAAUCACAGGAGGAAGAUAUUGUCCACAGAUCCCCUUUAAAUCUAAAAGGUGUCUCUUCACCCACCAAUUAUUCAGAAGAAGAGCAGGAAGAUGUUGAACCUUUCUCUCCAGACUCUGCAUUUGUGUCAGAGUUCUCAUUCCCACCCUAUGCAACUCAGGAAACAGAAAGAAGAGAAUUGGAGUGUGAAUCUCCAAUAUGUUUAACAUCACCAUCAGAACACACUAUUUUGUCAGAUGAAGACACUGAAGAAGUUGACCUUUUUUCUCCAGACUCAGCAUCUCAAGUUUCAGUCCCACCAUAUAGAAUCACAGAGACAAAGAAAAAUGAAAUGGAGCCUGAUUCACAGUUAACUACAGUAUCUGCUUCAGGAUAUUCCAGCUUUACAGAAGCAGAUGAGGAAGAAAUUGAAUCAACAGCUGCUACACCAGUACCUGAGGAUCUCAGUUCAUCACGGAAGCAACAGGCUGAACCUUCCCCUCCGAUGUCUGCAUCUGGAGAGCUGAGUCUGCCAAAUAAAGCAGAAAAAGCAGCUGCUCAAACAUUUUCAACAUCUGUAUCUGAAUUUCUUACUUCAGCAUGGAAACAGGUAACUCAACCAUUUUUAAAACCUGAGUCUGAAGAUUCGAUUCCACCACAUUUAACCAGUGAAUCAGAGAAGGGAGAAAUUAAGAUUAGUUCAUCAGUAGCUGCAACACCUGUUUCUGAACCUGCAGAAUCACCCAUAGUAAAGGAAGAAACCAAACCUAUUUCACCUUCAUCUCAGUAUCCAGUUUCACCUGAUUCAGUCCAUGCACUUAAGAAAGAACAAGAACCCAAAGCAUUGCUCACUCCAAAAGCUGCAAAUGAACAGAUGGCUUUGUUUAAAGUUAAAAGUAAGGAAGAAAUUUUGCCUGAUUUUCAAGAAACUGCAGCACAUGCAUCACAGGAUCAAGAAAUGGAACCUCAGCCUCCAAAUGUUCCAGGGUCUGGAAUGAAAUUUUCCAUUCUGUCUGAUUUGGUAGAUGAGCCAAAGAAGGAUGUCAAAUUCAAUUUAGCUCCAACUGUGACAUCUGAACUAGAACAGAAAAUAUUUCCAGAGAAUGAGCCUGAAGUAAUAAAACCAUACUCACCUCUAAAGGAACCACCUUUAUCUGGGCCUGAGAGGUUAUCAGCAAUGAAAAUGGAAGUGAAACGCGAUUCCAAAAUAAUUGAUGUACCUAGAGAGCUGCGUUCAGCUUCACCAGGAGUGGAAAAGGAAGUUGAACAUGGAUCAUCUGCACCAGAAUUUUCAGAAGAAAUAAAGAAAGAAAUUGAACCCAGUUCUUUAGUAACCACAGCCUCUCUAGCUAAGCAUGAUUCAAACUUAACCAAAUUAGCAAAAGAAGAAAUUCCAACAGAGUUAUCUCGUACUACCCCUAUAGAACAUCCAGUCUUAACUGUAGGAAAGAGUGAAUUAGAAAGUGGUUUACCACCAUUGGUAUCAUCUGUGGAUGAGCAAUUACUCCUUGAAGAUAAAGGAAAGAGAGCAGUUAAAGCUAGCUCUUCUAUUGAAACUGCUGCAUCCAAACAUCCAACUUGGUCAGAAGCAGAGAAGGAAAUUAAACUGGAUUCACCUCCAAGCAUAUCCUCUAUAACAGAGCAUUCUAUUUUGCCAAAGGUAGAAACUGAAGAAGUUAAACCUGGGUUGCCAAUAACCAAAGCACUGUCUUCUCAGCAAGUAGAUGUAUCUAAGGAUGCAAGAGUGGAAAGCAAACAAGGCCUUCCACUUCCUACAGUCCUUGACUCGGAACAUUUGGCUUUACCACAGAAAAAGAAUUCUGUGUCUGCCUCAGAGGUGUCAAGGCUUUCAAUCAACCUAGGUGGUGAGAUAAAGAAAGGAGAAGCUGAACUUCCUUUCUCACAAAAUGUGUCACCUGCACCCAAACACGAAGUUCCAAAAGGCAAAACUGAGAAAAUGGCAAGUUCUUCUCCUGAGUUGGAAACUUUAGUGUCAGAAGAUUUAGCUCCAACAUUGCCAACCGUCAGUGAUAAGAGCAAACAGGCAAUGGAGACAUCUUUUAUAGCUCAGGGAGAUGUCCUGUCAGAAAAACAGGGUCUCACUCUGGCAGAGCUCUCUUUGGAACCUGUGGAGAAACAAAUAUCAGAAUUACCAAAUGCUGCUGGUUUAGGUAGGCAAAGUGGAUCUAUAAACUCAAAACAAAUAAAAUCUCCCACAACUGAAACAGGGUGUUCGGUCUUAGGAAAGGGCCUUGCUGAGCUUAGGAGCAGAGGAGAAGAAGAAGACAGGAAACUUCAUGUGUCAAUCACAGCGCCUGAAAUUUCAGAGGUUUCAUCAUACCUUAAGGAGGAACCUCAGAAUCAAGAAAUUAAGUCUGUCUCUCCUGAGGUAGCCAGCUUAGGGUCAAAAGAAGUGUUUACCUCUUUGGUUGAAGGAGACAACCCUGAAGAACUUCAGCCAUACACUUUUACUUUAGAAGGAUUAUCAAAAGAAUUGAGCCAUUCAGCUGACUUCAAUAAGAGGGAGAAACAAGAAAUAAGCUCAUUACUGCCAACAGGAAAUUUGGAGGCACAAGUGACAGGAGAUACUGUAACUACACUAAAAGAAGAAACAGACCAAACAAAUUCAUUCCCUGUACCUCAGAGUAUAACAAAACCAUCAAAGAUGGCUUCUUCUGAGCACCUUAUGGAACAAAAGAAGCCUGAAAACACACUUCUGUCAGACCAGGCUGUUAAAUUACCUGAUGUAAGCACAUCUUUUGUGGCUAAACAAGAUCUGGGUAUUAAACAGCUUGCUGUUAGGAAAGAGAAUUUGCCUUUGGAAGAAUCAAAAUCAUUUUUGACAACCAAGGGUGCAGAUGUCAAAGAAACACAAAUGAGAGAGGCCCUUAUUUCUCCAGAGGACAAAAACUGGAUGCUGGAGAAGCCAGAAAGAGAUCUGGCAAGUCAUCGUGAAGAAAAAAUACUGGGACCUGUGCAGCUGGGUUCCUCUGGCAGCACUGGUCUGGAGACAGGGCAGCCCAAGGCUACUUUGUCGAAUAAAGACCGUGCGAAUGAAACCAGAAAGCCGAUUCUGCCACAUUCUGCUGAAGAGUCUCACUUAUCAUUACAAGAACCAUUAACUACUCAUGUUAUCCCCAGUGGUAAUGUAGAGAUCUUAUCAACUAAAACAUCUUCUUCUGAAGAAAUAAAUCUGGUCCCCCAAACAAAAUCUUUCUUUCCAGCUGAAAAUGUGGAGAGAAACAAAGCAGUGUUGGAAAAAGCAGAGGCAGAGUUUUCCAGACCUUGCAAAGACAGCCACGAAGAAGUCAAACUGCCUUCUGAAAGAAUCCUCCAGAAACCAGUGUCUGGUCCAUCCAUGGAACAGGUCAAGUCAGAAACUAUUCCCUCACGUGCCAAAGCAGCUCCUUUCCUGGCAGAAGAUGCAGAACCUGUGGUGGGCAAUAAAAAAGCACUCAGGAGUGUAUCUCCUUUACUUGAAGAGAAGCAAAUAGAAGAAUCAAAAAUGGAUCAGCCAAAAGUUGUAGAUGAUGCUAAUGAGAGAGGGAAACCAACAUCUGGAAUGAAAAUAUCCACACAAAUAAAAACCUCAAUCCUAGAAAAUAAAGAACCUCAACCCCCAGAAUCACCUGAGGUGACACAAAAGCUGCCCGAGCAGCCAAAGGCAGUUAAACCAGGCCAUUCGGAAGAAAAGAAAAAGAAAGGAAUUUCAUCUUUCACGUCAUGGAUGUCCAAUUUGUUUUCUAGAUCAAGCACUCCAGAUAAUAAAGUUGCUGAAAAAGAAUAUUUAGAAACUCAACCAAGUCCAUCUAUAGAAAAAGCAGCGACUGUGAUAGAGCCUAAAGGUACAGCUCCCGCUGACUUGAAUGCAGCUGAGAAACCAGCUGAUCAACUGCCAAAAUCAGUUUCAUCUAGCUUCACAAGUGAAAAUGUCAUGAGGGAAUCAGAGAAGCCAGAGUUAAUAAUUUUGCCAGAGAACUCUAAAGGCAGUUUAAUUAAUCUUGGUGAGGACAGACUAACGAAAGAGGUGCCAAAACCUACUUCCCUGAAAAUUUCUGAAGAGGAAGUAAAACUCAGGUCUGUUAGCCCAACUGGGGAGAAAGAUAAUUUGGAAAUCAGAUCAUAUUCCUUGGCAGAAAAGAAGGUGCUGGCAGAGAAACAAGAAACUGUGACCCCAUUAGAGUUAAGAUAUAAUAAUGAAAUAGAAGAGACAUCAAUUACACAUGGCUCUCGCUAUAUUAAAUUGGAGGAAUCAAAAGCUGCUGCUGUGCUGCAGCAAGUCUGUCAAAAUGAAGACUCCAAAGAAAGACACAAAAUUGUUGAGGAGGAGGAAGGAAAAGAAAAGGAAAAGCAGCCACAAGCAUUUUCAGAAGGAAAGAAGCAGCAGGAGAUUCAACCAUAUUCUGUGAAUAUAGCCAAGACUAUGCCUGAAAAAUCAGAUGAUUCUUUAAGUCGUUCUUUGGGUAAAACUCAACCAUUUUCAUUAGUUAAAACUACAUUAACUGAAAAAUUAGAAACCAUGAUCUCCGAGACUCACCCAGAAAUCAGGGAAACAAAGGUGGUAGGAACUCAGCUAUUAGAAGAAAGUAAAGUGUUGGUGGAGAAAACCAAGACGUUCCUUCCAGUGGAUCGUCCUUAUCGUGAUGAACUAGAUGGCCACUCCUUUCCUAAGGAAGGAAAUCUGGUAUUGGAGAAAUCAAGCAGGGAUGUGGCAAGUCACAGUGAAAAAAAGGGACAGGUCACAGUGUCAGAGCUGUCAAAAGGUGGUUCAGUGGAUAUCACAAAAGACAAUAUAAAACAAGGAUCUCCAUCUAAAGAAUCAAAGAGCUUAGAAACACCACCGUAUUUGUUGCCAUCUGUGAAACCACAAGCACUUGUUUCAGAGGCUUCUCCAGAAAUUAGUACAGAGAAGAGACAAGAAUUGUCUCCAGAUAGGCAUAUAGUCUAUAAUAUUCAAACAUCUAAAGUGCAAACAUCUGAAAUGUCUGAACAAUCUGUACUUGUUUCAAAGCACCACUUGGGGGGUGGAGGAGCUGCCCAUGUAAAUGAACCACACUCUCCAGCAAGCAGCAACUAUGCUGAAUUUAUAAGAAAUGCAUCAACAACCAAUGUCAAUAAAAUAUCCAAGGAACCUGAAGAAGAACUUACAACAACUAGUAAGCCAGCUGGACUUUCAGAAGAUCAAAAGAGUGCCUUCAGUAUCAUUUCUGAAGGCUGUGAGAUAUUAAAUGUCCAUGCUCCUGCAUUUAUAUCUUCAGUUGAUCAGGAAGAAAGUGAACAAAUGCAAGAGAAGUUAGAAUAUUUGGAAGAGAAGGCCUCACUUAAAACUCUACCCUUCCCUGGUGAUAGUGAGGCAGUUGCUCGCCAUAAAACAUUAAAGAGUAAGUUAGAUUCUGAGAAAAAAGUUACAUCUUUGAAAGAAAAUAAACAAAAGGAAACUUAUGAAACAAAAGAAGAAAUAUCCACAGAUUCAGAAACUGGUGAUUUAGUCUUUAAUCAGCCCACAAUUCCCGGUGAAGAGGAUUAUUUUGAAAAAUAUACAUUGAUUGAUUAUAACAUCUCCCCCGACACAGAAAUACAGAAAGCUUCAGGGAAAUUAAAUGUUGAGGUGAAACUCUCAAAGGAAGUUAUAGAAGAAGCUUUCUCUUUCCCAGAAAGUUCAGAGGAAAGUGCUCUUGAACAUGAAUAUGACUUGGUGAAGUUAGAUGAAAGUUUUUAUGGACUAGAAAAGGACUACAGCAAAUUAUCUUACUCAGAGACCCAAAAGUCUGUGAUUAUCCAAAAAUCAGCUGACAAAGAUGCUUCAAAGAGCACAAAUAGAGAUGUGGACUCCAAGUCACCUGGGAUGCCCUUAUUUGAUACAGACAAAGGAGUUUUGUCAAGAGCCCAGAUAUUUCCUACCACUGCUAAAGCCAUUAAUCCCGAACUUCUGGAGGAACCACCUGCACUUGCAUUUUUAUAUAAGGAUCUGUAUGAAGAAGCAGUUGGAGAGAAAAAGAAGGAAGGGGAGACCGUUUCUGAAGGUGACAGUGUGAAUUCUGAGGCAUCAUUUCCAAACAAAACUUCUGACACUGAUGAUGGAACAGGAAUAUAUUUUGAGAAGUAUACACUCAAAGAUGACAUUCUUCAUGACACAUCUGUAAUAGAAAAGGACCAAGACCAAGGUCUGGAAGGAAAACCAGUUGGUAAGGAUGAUUCAUACCAACUAAUAGCAGCAGAAAGGGAAAUUGGGGCGAGGUUUAGAACUAUUUGGGGGGAAAGGGGUCUGGAAGAGGAACAGAAAGCUUCUUACAGGGAGGGAGAAUUAGAAAGCCAUGUGGAGACCCUUGACUAUGUAGAUCCACAGAGGAAGGCUCCCAUUGCUGAGGAAGUCAAAGUGGUUACCCAGAAGGUGAGCUAUGCAGUUCCAUUUGAAGAUACUCCUUAUGUUCUGGAAAGCAUAGAUGGAACAAGCACUCAGGGUAACGAAGCAGCAAAUGCAAAUCCAGAGGUCAAUCUGAAUGUCCCAGUACAAGUGUCCUUCCCAGAGGAAGAAUUUGCGUCUGGUGCAACUUGUGUUCAAGAAACACUGCACGUAGAACCUCCAACAACGGUCCUACCUGAGCCAAGUGAAGAUAGGCUCCGCAGAAGCCCUGUCCAGGAUGAAUAUGAGUUUGCUGAAUCUCUGAAUUAUGAGGUAGUUACUCAGGACACUUUAUCAGAAGAAUCCACGCCUGAAGAUGUGUUAUCUCAGGGAAAGGAAUCCUUCGAACACAUCAGUGGAAAUGAAUUUGUGAGUGAGGUGGAACAAAGUAUGUCUUCUGAACAGAACGAGUUGGGCAGAGAGAGGAUAGAAGACCAAUUAUCAUCAGAGUUAGUAACUGAGAAGGAGCAAAAAGAACCGAAAAAGUCCCAGGUUGACAUGUAUUGCUGUACUUGCAAAAGUCCAAUUUCUGCUGUUGACAAGAUAUUUGGCACCCACAAGGACCAUGAGGUAUCAACGCUUGAUACAGCUAUAAGUGCUGUAAAGGUUCAAUUAGCAGAAUUUCUAGAAAAUUUACAAGAAAAGUCCUUAAGGAUUGAAGCCUUUGUUAGUGAGAUAGAAACUUUUUUCAACACCAUUGAGGAAAAUUGUAGUAAAAAUGAGAAAAAGCUAGAAGAACAGAAUGAGGAGAUGAUGAAGAAGGUUUUAGCACAGUAUGAUGAGAAGGCCCAGAGCUUUGAGGAAGUGAAGAAAAAGAAGAUGGAGUUCCUGCAUGACCAGAUGGUCCACUUUCUGCAGAGCAUGGAUGCUGCCAAGGACACCCUGGAGACCAUUGUGAGGGAAGCAGAGGAGCUUGACGAGACCGUUUUCCUGACUUCAUUUGAGGAAAUCAAUGAAAGGCUGCUUUCUGCCAUGGAGAGUACUGCUUCGUUAGAGAAAAUGCCUGCUGCGUUUUCACUUUUUGAGCAUUAUGAUGACAGCUCGGCGAAAAGUGACCAGAUGUUAAAACAAGUGGCUGUUCCACAGCCUCCUAGGCUAGAACCUCAGGAACCAAAUUCUGCCACAAGCACAACAAUUGCGGUUUAUUGGAGCAUAAACAAGGAAGAUGUCAUCGACUCAUUCCAGGUUUACUGUAUGGAGGAGCCACAAGAUGACCAAGAAGUAAAUGAAUUGGUAGAAGAAUACAGAGUUACAGUGAAAGAAAGCUACUGCAUUUUUGAAGAUUUGGAACCUGACCGAUACUAUCAAGUGUGGGUAAUGGCUGUGAACUUCACCGGAUGUAGCCUGCCCAGCGAAAGAGCAAUUUUUAGAACAGCACCCUCCACCCCUGUGAUCCGUGCAGAGGACUGUACCGUGUGUUGGAACACGGCCACCAUCCGAUGGCAGCCUGCUAAUCCAGAGGCCACUGAGACCUAUACCCUGGAGUAUUGCAGACAGAACUCUCUGGAGGGUGAGGGCCUCAGAUCUUACUCUGGAAUUAAAGGACUCCAGUUGAAGGUUAACCUCCAGCCCAAUGAUAACUACUUCUUCUAUGUGAGAGCCAUCAAUACAUUUGGAACAAGUGAACAGAGUGAAGCCGCCCUCAUUUCCACCAGAGGAACUCGAUUUCGCUUGUUGAGAGAAACAGCUCAUCCUGCUCUGCAAAUUUCCUCAAAUGGGACAGUGAUCAGCUUUGCUGAGAGAAGACGGCUGACAGAAAUCCCAUCAGUGCUGGGUGAGGAGCUGCCUGCCUGCGGCCAGCAUUACUGGGAAACUACAGUCACGGACUGCCCAGCUUAUCGACUUGGUAUCUGCUCCAGCUCGGCUGUGCAGGCCGGUGCACUGGGACAAGGGGAGACCUCAUGGUACAUGCACUGCUCUGAGCCACAGAGAUACACAUUUUUCUCCAGUGGCAUUGUGAGCGACGUCCACGUGACUGAGCGUCCCGCCAGGGUGGGCAUUCUGCUGGACUACACCCACCAGCGGCUUCUAUUCAUAAACGCCAACAGUGGACAGUUGCUCUUCAUCAUUAGGCACAGGUUUAAUGAGGGUGUCCACCCUGCCUUUGCCCUGGAGAAACCUGGAAAAUGUACUUUGCACCUGGGGAUAGAGCCGCCGGAUUCUGCGAGGCACAAGUGA